GCUACCUCUGUAGGUUUAAGCUAAAAAGCCCCGUAAUUAGGACCCCAGCUGACACCGAGCCAGGUUCCUGGGCAGGCAGAUUUAAAAAAAAAAAAAAAUCUCCCUGGUGUAGCCUGGGUGUUUUCCUUUCGCUUUGCUGCGCAACCUUUCCAGCCAUUCUCCCUCUGCCUGCGGCCCUUUGAAGCAGGUGGAGAACUGGGUGACCAGCCAUCCCCGUGUUAUGGGGCUUUGUCUUGUAUAAGCAACUAUCCUCCCCCGCCCUAGGGGAAAAAAAAGUGUCCCGAUUUUUCACCCUUGUUUUCUGGUCACCCUAGUUGGGGUGCGACGGGAAAGGGACAGGAAUACAAACCUCUUGGCGUCUGGGCGAAGCAGAUCUGCGCUCCGGCGCUGGAAGGAGGGGACCCCAGGAAGCGGCAGUUUUGUUUCAGUUCUCGCUUCCUGCUGAUGUCCCUGCCGAGCCCUACAUGGCCUCGGAGAGACAAACUUCCCUGCAGUGGGACACUCACUGGCCUCACACCCACCUCCUCUUCGGACAGUGACUCCGGCUGCGCCCUGGAAGAGUACCUGGAACGCGCAGCAGACGCUGCCCCAGCAGAGGUAUCUUCGUGCUUCGAGGUUCCCUCAGCGGACAGGGUGCCUGCUGCCACCAGGAGCCAGCUCCGCAUCAAAUCUCUCCUUCAGCAGCUGCCCCCGCAGGACUGCAAUGACAGGUACUGCCCUGGCCUUGGGGAGGAGGAGAGGAGACAACUGCAAGCAUUCAGUGCCCGUCGCAGGCAGGAGUCACUGGGGCAGGGAUUUGCAUGCCUUGUGCCCUCUGCCCACCUUUGUGAAAAGUGCGGCAGGAGGUUGAACACAGGGGACCUGGGGGUUUUUGCAUCCAGGCUGGGGGACCGGUCCUGCUGGCAUCCCUCCUGCUUUGUCUGCCACUCGUGCCACCAGCCUCUGGUUGACCUGAUCUACUUCCACCAGGACGGGAAGCUCUACUGCGGCCGACACCACGCGGAGUUCUUCCGGCCACGCUGCGCCACAUGCGAUCAGGAGGAGGGGUUACAACCCAGAUCCAAAUGCUACCAGCUUCAGGGCUCCAUCUCCACCUUUGGUGUCCAGCUGAGGUCUCCCUUGUGCCUUCUCUCGCCAGCUGAUCUUCACAGACGAGUGCACAGAGGCCGAGGGCAGGCGCUGGCACAUGGAGCACUUCUGCUGCCUGGAGUGCGACCUGCCUCUUGGGGGGCAGAGGUAUGUCAUGAAGGGCGGCAGACCCUGCUGCUGCAGCUGCUUCGAGAGCCUCUACGCGGAGCUCUGCCAGGCCUGCGGCGAGCUCAUCGCCUCUGCCAGAAACCGCUGCUAGGACAGCCGGUCACGGCCCAUCGCAGCCUCCUCUACUGCUCCGAGGCCUGCAGCUUGGAGAAGGCAGCGGCGUCCUCCACAGCCUCGGACUCGUCCGACUCCGCCUUCGUCUCGGCUCCGUCUCCCGACUCGACGCCCGUCUCCAGGGCCAGCAGCGAGGGCGGCAGGAAUGCCCCUCCGGCUCCAACAAUGGGUGGCGAUUCCUGUCAACAGAGGGCAGAGGCGGAGGAGAUGGAGGACUCCCCUGAUCAAGCCUCCACGCGCCCCGCAUUCAGAAGCCAGGAUGGCCACGGGACAGCAUUUAAGGAGAGGAGUAAGGGAACUCCCUGUCCCAGUGCGCUGGCACAAGCAGCUGCCGCUCCCCCGGGGCAGGAACGAUCCUCCACCACCCUGCCCAGUGAACUGGGUCUGAAUGGACCUGGGGCCUUGGGCGACCAGCUCCCUGGGAGGCUCAGGCCUCAGCCAGGCGGUGGAGCCCUGCACUUUAGAAUUGGUUCAUCCACCGACCCCAGUAUGGCUGCACGACAGAGCCCGGGCCCAUCGCUCACGGACGCCCGCCCACCGGACGUCAUGGAGGAAGAAGAUUCCUGGUGCCCGACCUGCUCUUCCUCCUCGGACUCAGACUCGGAGCAGGAGGGCUUCUUCUUUGGGAAACCGAUCCCGAAGGCUGAGCCGGCCCUCCCUGGCAGGGAACGGAGUGGCCUUGGGAGGGCGGCAGGAAGGAGCAAGCACUUGGCUAGGCUGCGAGGAAGCCGCAAACACUGCAGCAUUUCCUAGCAGGGGGAAGGCUGGGCAAAGAGCAAGGGCUCCCCAGGCAGCAUGGAAAGGACAGAAAGGGGGUGGACGGCGGGAGGAAGAACUUGUUACUUAGCCAAGUGUAUUUAACCAGAGGGUCCCCCCCAGCAGACAAGCCAGGGGACGAGAAGUAGCCCCAUGAUGAAGAACAAGUACAGCAAGCCGGGGAGGGGAAGGCAGACAGCCCUUAGGGGACACAGACAUCCCCUCUCUUACCUCACACCCAGACAUGGGAAAAGACAAACCAGCCAGCUCUGUUUGUUUUCCAGAGCCCCUUGUACUGUGAAACUCAGGGCGGGGUUGUUUACACAGCAAGGCUGCCUACAAUCCAAAUCUUUCCACUGCCCCAUCGUAGGUUUUCGCAAGCACUGGAGAGCUCAGAGGGGCAGGACAUAGGCGGCAGAGUUUGGCUGCUCCGCCAAAGGGGAACUUUUGCUCUCAGGACCUCUGUGCUGAGAAUCUCGUUCAGACUGGGGGUGGCCUGGCCCCUUUUGCCAGCCCACCGGGACCGAUCAAAGAUGGACACCGGAUCCUUCAGCUCAGGGUCGAGUGCAGCUUUCUCACCCGCAGUGAAAGCUCUGAAGGAGGAUGACUGGACUUUGGAGAGAGAAGGAGGGUUUUGAAAUCCCAGAACCAAACUGUAAGCAGCGAAACACCCCCAGGGCGGGGGUGGAGAAGGGCAGACUGUGAAUGUGCCGGGGGAUUCCAGAGAUCAGUUCCUAAGCUUCACCAAUAAAGCUCAACACAGACCUGAAA